UAUUGUGUAUUGAACUUAAACUUUUUCUAAUUUUAUAUUCUAUUUUUUGCAAUAAUAAAAAUCAAUUUUUUUUAAUUAUUUUAUUUUUGCAAAGAAUAGUUCCUAAAAAAUGAAACACAUGAAAUCUUAACAAACUUAGGUGUAAAAAUUUAAUUUAAUCGAAAUUCUGUCCCUUACAUUUUCUUGAUAUCUAUUAUCUUGAAUUUCCCCCACCCAACUCGAAUAACCUUAUAAACGCACGUGGUGUCUAAUGUAUACUGUAACAAAACAAAUAAAUUUUAAAAACCUGGAAUCAUUUUUGCACAAAAAUAAAAAUGAGCAAUAAUUGUGACUUUCAACAAGAUAAUGCGAAAUAUUUUAAGAGUUAUGAAGAUUUUGAUGUUCAUCAGUUAAUGCUAAAUGAUAAAUCUCGAAUACAUUCAUAUAAGAAUGCAAUUUUUGCUAGUAAAGAUAAAUUUAAAGAUAAGACUGUUAUGGAUGUUGGUGCAGGAACAGGCAUAUUAUCAGUGUUUUGUGCCCAAGCUGGUGCAAAAACAGUUUAUGCAAUAGAAGCUAGUCAACUUGCUAAAAUUGCUAAAGAAGUUGUUAUUGAAAAUGAUUUUAGUGAUGUUAUUGAAGUAAUUGAAAGUUGUAUUGAAGAUGUUGAAUUAAAUUCAAUUGACAAAGUAGAUAUUAUUGUAUCUGAAUGGAUGGGUUUUUAUUUAAUACACGAAGGAAUGCUUGAUUCUGUUAUUUUUGCCAGAGAUCAUUUUCUUAAGGAAAAUGGACUUUUAUUUCCAAGUAUUGCUAAAUUGUAUGCAGCACCUUGUGAAUUGCCAUCAUUUUUUGAUUUUUGGGACGAUAUUUGUGGUGUUAAAAUGAGGUGCGUUGGGAUAGAACAUAGACGAGUAAAAUCGUUAAAACCAGAAGUAUCAAUUGUAGAGAAUCAACAUCUGUUAAGCUACGGCAAUCUUUUAAUGUGGUUAAAUUUAUAUGACGUUACAGUUGAAGACCUUAACUUAUUGUCAGGAGAUAAUACUGUCGCAAUUUGUAAAAAGGACGGAAAGUGUCAAGGUAUUUGUAUAUGGUUCGUAGUGGAAUUUCCAGAUGGUUCUGAAUUAUCUACUUCACCGUCAUGUGAACCAACUCAUUGGAAACAAUCGGUUAUAGUUUUACCAAAUGAAAUCGAACUAUGUGAAAGUGAUCCAUUGGCAUUUAAAUUAACUUUAAAUAGAAGCAAAUCGAAUUCUAGAUUUUACAAUAUGGAGUUGACUAUGUUGGAAGCUGACGAAGUAGAACAUGAAAUACCCUGUUCUUGUAAUAUGACUAAGUGUGUUAUUAUGCGCACUUACAUAGAAGAGCAAGAAUCAAAUGCUAAAAAUUUAUCUGAAAAUGUUUAGCAGCAAAACUAAAUUUUUAUCACUUUUUUCUAUAAAUAAGUAUAUAUUUU